AUGAAUAAAGAUUAUAGAAAAUAUUUAUUAAGUCGAUUACUUAGUUCAUCUUAUUUAAAAAAUAUCAUAUUUGACAAUAUAUCUUUAAUACAUAAUCAGUUAUCGUUAGACGUUGUAAUAGGAGGAGAGUUUGAGAAGAGAUGUUCAUUGCUAGAGAUGCUAAGAUAUGGUAGAUCCGAUCUAUUCUUGGAUUACUUUCCGUGCGUUGAACAACCUAUGCUCGAUGGUGUCACCGAAGGUAGUCUCAACAAGAUGUUCUUGUUCGCUUUGAAUCUCGGUAACUACAGAGUAUUAAAGUUCCUUUUCAACAAAUACAAAGAAGAGUACAAUCGACAAUUUUCAGGAAGAUGUCAGUCUUCGAUUAGUAUCUUGGAUUGGGGAGUGAUCACACCGAAUGCCGUGAAACGAUUUGCAAUUGAAUCGAGCAAUACUCUGUUUGACCUAUUCAUUAGUCUCUUGGAUAAACCAAUUCCCCAAUCCAUCGUCUAUGAAUUACUCGAAGGAUUACUUGUAUCAAAGAGACUUGAUCGUAUAGAAAUAGUAAAGAAACAUUACAACAGUCAAUACCUUCAAUUCAUAUUCGAACACUAUUAUAAUGAUAUUUGUAAAUUUAUAAAUAAUAGCAAAGAUAACAAUAAUAACGAUAAUAAUAAUAAUAACAAUAGAAAUGUCAACCGUUUGGAUAAUUAUAUUCGUUGGUUUGGCGAUUUGAAAAACGAUUCAAUAUACAGAGUGAGUGUUGAACAUGGAUGGAGUUACCACUUGACUUCUGCCUUGGCGAUUGGAGAUCUAGUCAUCUUGGAACCUCUUCUCGGCAUGUUAAGAGAUAGACCAGAAUUGUUCACACAAACACGUUUUUCUGAGGCAGCUGCUCAUGGUAGUGUGGUUAUCGAGAGAUUGCUACUUGUUAAUCCCGAGAUAUUUAAGAAUCGACUGGUUUACCUAAAGGCAAUACAACUCGACCGAUUGGAUUCAUACAUCUACCUUGUUCAAAACAAUAUUACUCACGGUGAAAUCGAUAACAAUCUUAGAUUUUCACUUUCUCAAGGCACAUCACUUGGAAUUGUACAUUUCAUUUUGGACAAUAACGACUUUUCAAAUCUUACAACAACAAUUUAUUUUUUUUCAAACAUCCAUCGUGAUAUCAUUAGCCAAGUUUUAAUAGAGAAGCUUAUCUCUAAAGGACUUAAAAUGAGCAGAAUGGAAUUAUUUCAAUCAGUAAUUUCAUCAAUGAAUAUUAAAUUAUUGGAUUACAUUGAAAAAUUAGAUCAAUUUCCGAAUGUUAUUGGAAAUAUUAAUUAUAAUGAACUGUUGGUCUAUUGUUAUAGAGCAGGUAAUCUGUAUGCAGCACAAAGAUACCUUCAGUUUGUUAAUCCUGAAACUCCAUUCAUGCCAUCACACGAAUAUAAUAUGAAGAGCAAACCUUCAGAAUCUCAACUUCAAAUUAUCGAUGGACAUAAUAUACACUUGGAAAUCUUUAGACUUAUCGUAGAAUCAAAUAUUGCGAUCUCAUUGGCAUUGGAUAAACUAAUGAUAGAAACCAGUUUAAAAUAUGACUACAGAUAUAACUUUCGACUCGAUUAUAUUCAUCCAAACAGUAUUACCUUUAUUAAAGAGGUAAUAACUAUCCUAAUAAGGAAUAGAGUGUUGCCAAUAGAUCAACUACUUCAACUGGUCAACCAAUGCACGAUUUUGGAACUCCCUCUCGAAAUAUUCAUUUUAUUAUUUUCAACACAACCUGACAUUAAUCAUACCAUUGGACAUUGGGCACUUUCAUUCAGUAGAUUAGUUCGAUAUGGUAGAUUAGACGUAGCUGAGUAUCUUUACAAUAGAAACAAAGAUUUUAUAAAACACUUUGAAAUGUUUGUUGUUAUAAAGCGUAGUGCUCAUUGGUUAUCAUCGAUCAUAAAGUUGAAACCAAUGUCAAUCGAUUACCAGGCCAUUGUCAAUGGAUUCUUGAAUUUCGGUGACUCUCAGAUCGUGGUCUUUUAUCAAAUCAUGGAACAUCUCUUGGCCACCGUAUAUCAUAGAGGCUUUCCAACAGAAAAGAUAAACAAUAUCACCAACCUAACAACUAAUAAUCAAUAUAAAACAAUCCUCUAUGCAAUCGAAAAGAAUCUAUUUCAUGAAGAAAAGUUAAAAUCUAUAUAUUUAAUUGCUAGAAUGUAUGGACAUAUACAUAUUAUCAAAAAAUUGAAAGAUAUAGUUAAAUGCUCAAAGCACAUUGGGUAA